GAGGAGGUAGAGGAUUCAAAAAAAAAGCAACAACGUCAGUCACUCGGUUUCUUUGCCAGACGAUUGUGGUCGCCUAGUGGCAUUUCCCGUGGCUGUGCUCUUCUUUCACCUCAAUCUUCAGAAACCUACAUAGGUUGUGACCUGUGUGUCUUUUUUGGACGGAGAGAGAAGACUUCAGAACAAGAAAAAGAGGUUGACAAGGAGACGUUGGUUGACGUCACCGUUCAACUGAUCCAAGAAGACGACCUGUGAAAAUAUAGAACGCACCGAAGACAAAGGACUUAACCGACUAUAAGUCUCACACCUGAAAAUGAAUCGCCUAGCCAAUACUAACUUGGACAAACAGAUGCGGAAAAUCGAGAAGAGCCAGGAGAAAGCCGUCAAAAUUCUGACCAAACAGAGGCGGGAUUUGACCAAGGCCAUUCAGGACAAUGAGAAGCUCAUCGAGCAACACAUGGCCAAAGGCACACCCGCGGAAAUCAAGCUCGAGAGUGAGAUUGAGAAAUUGGCAAAGAGGUUGGAGACCAUGAAAGAGGAAAUGGUACAGGUUCGGAUCCGGAGGGAGGAACGCCUUGCCCCUCUGAAAGAUCGGAGUGAGCAUUUAAAAGAGCAAUUGAAGUUGGUGGAAUCCCAAUUGGACUCUACAUUUGUGUUACGGGAGCGCCGCAGUCAGAGCCGCAUUGAGUUGGACAAUUUGAACGGAAAUUUGUCCACUAGUCCUCAGUUUAUGUCCCAACAAACCUUGAAUGAGGAUUACAUGCCCAGUUCACCUCCUCCGUAUUCUCCAUAUUCAAGCUGAGGUGCGCAUGCAUGGUUUCAAUCCCGCUCACAACGUAUCGUGAACCACGCUUUACUUCCAGUUACUUCAUAAUUUUUGCGCCUUCCAUUAAACGCGUGAAUCUACGUGCUAAUCUCACGCAACCUCUUCACAAAUCUAUUUCUUUUUCCUUCGACAUUUUAAGUGAAUAUCAUUGUCCCGUUAGCUGAAAUAAAUCUACUGUUUUUUUUA